AUGGGUGCUAUUGUUUCUCUACCUGUUACUAUGGCAGGCAACUGGCUUGCUGCAUGUCUUGGAGCGUCGUGCUGCUCUUGUUGUAUGAACUCCAAAAUGAAUCCGUUAUCACAGACGUUUAGGUCGUCUGUAGCAACAAGAGUCAUGUAUGCGGUAAUAUUCUGCUUCAAUUCCAUCUUCUCGUGGCUCUCCAUGAGUCAUCAGUUCAUAGAUAUCAUGAAUAAGAUAUCUGUAGGCCCUUUCAAGUCAGCCACUGCGUACUGUCGUGAAGAAGGGUGUACAGGUUUUGCCAAUGUACAGAGAAUGAAUUUAUCACUUGGUCUAUUACAUUUAAUUCUAGCCGGAGUUAUGAUGGGUGUUAAAUCUACUUCUAAUCCUCGUUCGACGUUACAGAAUGGAUACUGGAUGGCGAAAUUGAUGGUGUUGGCGACGUUUAUAACCGUAAGUUAUCUGAUUCCGGACAGAUUCUUUGUGUUCUGGGGUAACUAUCUGUCCAUCUUCUUUGGUACCUUUUUCUUGGGUAUUGGACUUAUCUUAUUGGUUGAUUUUGCUCAUGAGUGGGCAGAAACUUGUCUUGAGAAAAUCGAUGAGGGUGAAAUUUACUUAGAUGCUGGAAAUGAUGAUGAUGAUGAUGAUAGUGAUGGGGUUACUUGUUUCCAAGGGGCCCGUUUCUGGCGUGGCCUUCUAGUGGGUGGUACCUUGUCGAUGUAUGCCGGUGCCAUCCUCAUGACGGUUGUCAUGUAUCACUACUUCUCGCAUAAUGGCUGUGGUAUGAACACCUCUUUUAUCAGUGUCAAUUUAGCUCUGGUCCUUCUAGUAACAGGUAUUUCUGUCACACCGGUUGUUCAAGAGUACAACCCAAAUGCUGGUCUCGCCCAGGCGUCGAUGUGCUGUGUGUAUUGUACCUAUUUGGUGUUUAGUGCUUGUCUUAGUGAACCCGAUGACAAGCUCUGUAAUCCUCUUAUCAGAUCAUCGGGUACCAGAACUCUGACCACUAUAGUGGGUGCGUUGUUUACAUUUGUUGCCAUAGCUUAUACGACAACGAGGGCAGCAGGAAACUCGACCUUCAAUCACGGGAACAUUAAUCCGAACUAUAUAUCGGGGGGAAAUUACGAUUCGGUGAUGGAUGUGAUUACUCAGGAACCAAGAGCACAUAAUGCGAUGCGAAUAGACGCCAUUAGACAGGCAGUUAAUGAGGGCUCUCUCCCGGAGAGUGCACUUACAGAUCCUAUUUAUUACGAAGGUGAAGACACGGAAGCGGCUGCAGGGUCCGGAACUGGUGACAAUAACAAUUCAAUGAAGUACAACUACGUGUUAUUCCACGUGAUCUUUUUCCUCGCUACACAAUACAUUGCAGCUCUUCUUACGAUAAACGUGGAAUCGGACUCCUCUAAAGGAUUUGUUCCAGUGGGGAGAACAUAUUUCAACACUUGGUUAAAGGUGGUUAGUUCCUGGGUCUGCUAUCUUCUGUAUUCAUGGACACUCAUAGCUCCAGUAUUAUUCCCAGAUCGAUUUCUAUGA